AUGACUCUUCUUAACUCUCCAGAAUAUCUGCAAAUUCCUGUUCAUGUAAGAUCUUUCUGCUACAAGAUGCCCUUUGUGGUUAAACAAGAACCAUAUCUUGUAGCCAUUUGCGUCGUUUCCCACAUUCAAGCCACCAUAAUCUGCUCCCAACAACAUGACUUGCAAAUUCGAACAAGAAGUGGAGGCCACGAUUUCGAGGGUCUCUCGUACGUUGCCGAGGUUCCUUUUGUCCUCAUUGACCUUAUGUACCUUCGAGAAAUCAAAGUGGAUGUAGAUAACCAAACUGCAUGGGUUCAAGCUGGGGCAACCAUUGGUGAACUUUACUACAGCAUUAGCCAGAAAAGCAAAACAUUAGGGUUCCCAGCAGGUUUGUGCGCCACUGUGGGAACUGGUGGCCACUUCAGUGGAGGUGGCUAUGGAUUCUUGAUGCGUAAGUACGGUCUUGCCGCUGAUAAUACCAUAGAUGCUCACAUAAUAGAUGUGCAGGGUAAUCUUCUUGAUCGAAAAGGCAUGGGUGAGGAUCUGUUUUGGGCCAUUAGAGGAGGUGGAGGAGCAAGCUUUGGAGUGAUCGUUGCUUGGAAAAUAAAUCUAGUUCCAGUUCCGUCAAAAGUGACAGUGUUCCAAGUAGCAAGGACAUUGGAGCAGAACGCCACUGAGAUAAUUCAAAGGUGGCAGCUUGUGGCGAAUAAAUUGGACGAGCGCAUAAGCGUUUGGAUGGGCAUGAAAAGGGUAAAUUCAAGUCAACAUGGGAAGCUAACAAUACAAGCCACAUUUGUGUCCACGUUUCUCGGAGAUGUACAACAGCUUAUUCCCUUGAUGAGAAAGAGCUUCCCAGAGUUGGGUUUGGUCAGAGAAGACUGUACUGAGACGAGUUGGAUAGGUUCAGUUGUCUUCAUGAAUGCUGGGUUGGUUGGAUCUGCAGGCAAUGAAUCCCCCGAAGUAUUGCUGAACAGAACUCAAUUUCGUAUGAGCUUCAAAGGAAAAUCUGAUUAUGGGAGAAAACCCAUUCCUCUUGAAGGGUUAAGAGGGUUAUGUCACUUUCUUUAUGACAACGAGGUUCGUGGUGCUGUUCAAUUCGUUCCUUACGGAGGCAGAAUGGAUGAGAUUUCGGAAUCUGAAAUUCCAUUCCCUCAUAGAUCUGGAUACAUAUUUCAUAUUCUCUAUUCGGUCUCUUGGCAAGAGGAAGGGGACACUGCCGGGUCUUGA